UCUAAAGACUGUCCUCUGCGCAAUACUUUGAAACAUUACUGUCUAAAAUGGAGAACAACCAGGGUCAGGAGCCAGAGGACACUUCGUACGUCUGUUUCCAGAGGACUCCAUCUCUAAGGCGAAAAUGGAGGAAACGUUAUGGAGGUUUGGAUGGAAACAAACUUCUGGAGCCGAGUAAAGACCAGGACUCCACAGAGGACGGAGCACUGACAGAUGAGUGUCAGACGAGAUCCUCCGUGACCCAGGUUUCCCAAGAUGCAACAGGAGCGCCUCGUCCUGCCCCCAGACUGAUCCAGCCUCUGACCCCUUUACAAAGGCCUGUCAGUCUAGUCUUACCGGGGUCAGCAGCGCCCCCUGUGUGCAGCUCUAAUGGAUGUCUGAAGCCCCCUCUGCCCCAGGCUCUGGUCCCACCUGAAGACCGAGUCCAGGCUCACACCUGGUUCAGUCCGGUCCAGACUCCAUCCAAGAGGAGAGCAGCGGCAGAUGUGUUAUUUGACAGUUUCUCCACAAAUGGACGCAUCAAUGUCAGCCAUUUCUUUGAGUCAAUCUGGAGCUCUGGGCUGCACCGCUCGGACCCUCGGCUCAGGGAGAGUUUCUUUCACAUGAGGAAACUGCAGGACUCAGACGGGACCAUAGACAAAAACUCCUUCCACAGGUGUGUGACCGGCUCAGUCUCCUUGAUCCUCAGAGCUCUGCAGGGACGCUUUGUGAUCCCGGAUUUUUCCACUUUCACCGAUGAGACUCAGAAACUGUUCUCCAGCUGCAGACACCUGUCCCCUGCUCACGAAAAGGAGAAAGAUGGACUAGACAGUAUUAAAUGGGGAGUAUCUAUCUGCACUGUGGACGGACAGAGGUUGUCCCUUGGAGACUGGUCCAGCCCGGUCUUACUGGGGGAGGUGUCAUGGCCGCUGGUUUAUGGGGUCGUGGUGGAUUUACUUGGAGCAGACCUGGUUCACAGAUAUGUCGGAUUUGAAGAGUUUUCACGAUACGAUUCUCCCUUCUCCCUCAACAAAUCAGGACUUCCUCAUACGCCCCUGACUGAGACAGGAGCCAUUGUCACAACUUCACUUUUACAAUUGGCUGGACGGUUGUGUGCAGAGGAAGAGGAGAAGUACGAUUCAGUGCUAAACGUGAUCAGAAGACUCUGCAACAAAGAACAUGCCAAUCUGAACUGCACCAGUUACACCAGCAGCAGAGACUCCAGUGUCCAGCUCUCUGCACUGUCCUUCUAUCUACAAGAGAAAAAGUGUUUUCCAGAAAAAGUGGACAUUAACGCUGCACUGGACCUGAUGCUGCAGUGUUCAUCCACAGAAGUCACAUGUGAGUCUGGGGCAGCUAUGGCCGCCUCGUUAGCCAAUGGGGGCCUCUGUCCGUUGUCAUGUGACCAGGUCCUGUCGCCCGCGGCAACCAGGUCCCUCCUCUCAGUGAUGCAGACAGCAGGACUCAAGCACCACUCCACUGCCUUUCACUUUAAGACCUCAGUCCCUGCGGCCUCCAGUUCCCAUGGUGCUUUGCUGGCUGUAGUUCCUGGAGUCUUGGGUCUAAUGGCCUUUUCCCCAGAAACAGACUUGUGUGGGAACCCCUGGAGAGCUCUGCACUUCUGCCAGGAGCUGGUGUCUCGGUUUCAGCUGCACAGUUUUGACAUCAGGACCCCGUUCAGACAGGUCCUGGCCUACAGACAGUGGAAGUCUGAGUCUGAGGGAUACCAGAUCAUGAACCUGCUGCUGGCCGCUUUUAAAGGAGACGUCCAGUCACUCAGAAGGUACUUCCUGUCUGGCGUCGAUGUAAACUCUGUAGAUUACGACGGGCGCUCAGCUCUUCACGUCGCCGCAGCUGAAGGUCACGUAGAGGUCAUCCGCUUUCUGCUGGAGAACACCGGAGCAAACCCUCAUCUGAGAGACAGAUGGGGGAGCUCUCCGCUGAAUGAGGCUCGCAGACAAAACAGAGAUGCUGCAGUCCUGAUGCUACAGACGAUGUCACCUGCAGACUCCUCUGUCCUCUCCCCCUGAACAGAGGGGAAAACACACCGGAAUGUGAUGUGUGUUUAAGUGUAACUACCAUACCACAAAACCAAUGUUAUU